GCAUCGGGGGAAGAACUGCUGGCGAGACCGAGGCCAAAGGAGACUUCAUUUUCCAGCGCAGUCGCGCGCGCCCACUGCGCCGGAAGUUGAUGUCACUUCCGGGUUAGCCUGUGGCGGAUCGUCGUCAGCGGCGGAGGGAACCGCGGAGGCUGGGGUUGGCGGCGGCGGCAGCGGCAGCGGCAAGGGCGGGGAUGGACGUGUCUGGGCAGGAGACCGAUUGGCGCAGCACGAACUUCCGGCAGAAGCUGGUCAGCCAGAUUGAUGAGGCCAUGAGGAAGGCCGGUGUGGCCCACAAUAAAUCCAGCAAAGAUAUGGAGAAUCAUGUUUUUAUGAAAGCCAAAACUCGGGAGGAAUAUCUUUCUCUUGUGGCCAGACUUAUUAUCCAUUUUCGAGACAUUCACAAUAAGAAAUCUCAGGCUUCGGUCAGUGAUCCUAUGAAUGCACUGCAGAAUCUAACAGGCGGCCCCCCAGCAGGAGCAGCUGGAAUGGGCAUGGCUUCACGAGGUCAAGGAGCACCAAUGGGUGGGAUAAGUGGACUUGGGCCAAUGGGCCAGCAGAUGAGCCUUCCAGGGCAGCAGCCUCCUGGAACCUCUGGGAUGGCCCCCCAUGGUAUGUCUGGCGUCUCUGCAGCUACUCAACAGACCCAGCUCCAGCUGCAACAGAUGGCGGCGCAGCAGCAGCAGCAGCAGCAGUUUCAGCAGCAGCAGGCUGCUUUGCAGCAGCAGCAGCAGCAGCAGUUCCAGGCGCAGCAGUCAGCCAUGCAGCAGCAGUUCCAGGUCCAGCAGCAGGCGGCGGCGGCAGCAGCAGCUGCACAGCAGCAGCAGCAGCAGCUGCAGGCAGCCCAGCAGCAGCAGCAGCAGCACAUGCUCAAACUGCAGAUGCAGCAGCAGCAGCAGCAAAAUCAGCAACAGAUGCAGCAGCAGCAGCAACAACUACAGCGAAUUGCUCAAAUGCAGUUACAGCAGCAGGCAGCUCAGGCUAUGCAGGUGCAGCAGCAGCAGCAAAUACCACAGCAACAGAUACAGCAGCCGCCGUCUCAGCAAGUCAUGCAACAGCAGAUGCAACAGAUGCAGCAGCAGCAGCAGCAGGUUGCUCAGGCCCAACAGUCUCAGCUUCCACCACAGUCACAGCCCCAGCCCAUGGUCUCUCAGGGACAGGCAAUCUCAGGACAGAUCCCUAGUCAGGUCAUGUCUGUACCUUUUACCCAGCAGCAGUUAAAAGCCAUGCAGGUAAGAGCUCAACUGGUGCAGCAGCAGCAGCAGGCAGCGGCAGCAGUCCAAGCAGCUCAGGCCCAGGCUGCUCAGAUGGGAGCUUCAGGGCAGAUGAUCACCGCAACUAUGGCCAGAGGUGGGAUGCAAAUAAGACCACGGUUCCCGCCUACCACCGCUGUAUCUGCCACGCCUCCAAGCUCCAUUCCUUUGGGCGGACAGCAAAUGCCACAGGUCAGCCAGAGCAGCAUUACCAUGAUGUCAUCUCCCUCACCUGUCCAGCAAGCGCAGACACCCCAGUCAAUGCCACCACCUCCUCAGCCACAGCCAUCACCUCAACCAGGGCAGCCAACUUCUCAGCCAAACUCGAAUGUCAGCUCCGGCCCAGCCCCAUCUCCCAGCAGCUUCCUCCCCAGUCCAUCUCCUCAACCAUCCCAGAGCCCAGCAGCUGCACGAACACCACAGAACUUUAGUGUCCCAUCUCCAGGUCCUUUAAACACUCCAGGAAAUCCAAACUCUGUCAUGAGUCCAGCGAGCUCCAGCCAGUCUGAAGAGCAGCAGUACCUGGAGAAACUCAAACAGCUGUCAAAGUACAUCGAGCCACUUCGGAGGAUGAUCAAUAAGAUUGAUAAAAAUGAAGAUAGGAAGAAGGACCUGAGUAAGAUGAAGAGCCUCUUGGAUAUCCUGACUGAUCCUUCAAAACGAUGCCCUCUGAAGACUCUACAGAAAUGUGAAAUUGCUCUGGAGAAGCUCAAGAAUGACAUGGCUGUGCCCACGCCACCACCUCCACCAGUGCCCCCUACCAAACAGCAGUACUUGUGCCAGCCACUUUUGGAUGCUGUCUUGGCAAACAUUCGUUCACCAGUUUUCAACCAUUCCCUCUACCGUACCUUUGUGCCAGCUAUGACUGCGAUACAUGGCCCUCCAAUCACGGCCCAGAUGGCUUCCCCUCGAAAGCGUAAAUAUGAAGAGGAUGAAAGGCAGACCAUACCAAAUGUAUUACAAGGGGAAGUCGCAAGAUUAAAUCCUAAAUUCCUGGUGAAUCUGGAUCCCUCCCAUUGCAGUAAUAAUGGCACAGUCCACCUCAUAUGCAAGCUAGAUGACAAGAACCUUCCAAAUGUCCCACCACUACAGCUCAGUGUUCCAGCUGACUAUCCAGAUCAGAGCCCUCUGUGGAUAGACAACUCUCGACAAUAUGCAGCCAAUCCCUUCUUGCAGUCAGUGUAUCAGUACAUGACAUCAAAAUUGCUGCAGCUUCCAGACAAGCAUUCAGUCACAGCACUCUUAAACACCUGGGCACAAAGUAUCCGUCAAGCCUGCCUCUCUGCUGCAUAACUUCCUCCCCUUGUGAAAUCAUGAAGCAAAGAAGUUGGGUCUCGACAGCUGGCCUCUCCCAUGGCCACUGGAAGAAUCACAGGCAUUUUGGGAGGGAACUUCAGAAGAAAAAGCCUUAUACUGUUUUGUUUCUAGGUGCCAGGUUCAAUAGGGAACCUGGUGUUAGAUUUAGAUUUCAUGCUUUUAUCUUCUGCCUUUGUGGACUUUGCCAGCAUUUUCACAUAUACAGAACAUGUAUAUAUGGUUCUUGAGACUGAUGUAUUAGGAGGGGCUUUUAUUGUCUUCUUAGAGAAGAAAUUAUUUGUAGACUUCCAUCAGGGAGUCUGAAUGGUAUAGAAGGGAGAGGGGAGAAUGUCCUAAUUUGCUUCAGACUUUGCCUGAUGCCAGUAUUCCUCACACUCUGUAUGUUGUGUGACUUGAUAUUGCCCCAAGAAUAAAUUAGCUGCAGCUAGAAUGUGCUCACAAACUUCCCUAUGGUUGCAGGAGUCUGGUAAUUUAAUUUGGAGAAAUCGGGGCCUUUUUAGGGCAUCCCUAAUGCGUCAGAUUAAUCUGAAUAAUUAUGUUUAAGAGGAAAACCAACCAUAGGAAAAUUUUUAUAGCUUAUUUUAAACACUACUUUGUAUAAACGGUUUUUGGUUAGCACGGACCAUGCAUUUCUCACUCUUAGAAAGUCGGAUGAUCUGAAGGAGGGGUAUUCAGUGUGCAUGCUAACUGAUUUCCCUGUGAGCUCCAAGUGUGUGUGCAGGGAAAAUCAAUUGAUUGAAUCAUAGCAGCACUGUAAAUGAAUCCAGCAGGCUGCAGCUACUUAUCUGCAUUUAUAUUUACCAGGGGAAUUGUAUCUUACCUGGCAUUUCUCUUGGGUGCUGGCUUCUUUGGGGAGUGAUGCAACUCAUGGGAAGUGUUUGCAUAUCCCACUUGCAUCUGUUUGUUUAAGAAAACUGAACACAGCUCAGGUCUAAGACUGACAAUUGACCUUGCGUGCCUCGGGCACCGAGGGACACCCACCUGUAAAAGUAUUACUGGUCAUCUAAAUUAGGAUCAGAAGACUGAUAUCAGCUGCUGUGUUGUGAGGCAAUGCAAAUGAAGCCACUUGCCAUAAGUAACUGGUUCCAUACACAAUGUGAUUACAUUUCAAUCUGCCCUAUCUUUGUAGUUCAUUCACUCUUAAUUCCUGGGUGUAAGGGAAUUUCAGUGUCUCAAGUAUUUCCAUCACACCCUGCUCCAUCCCCCAGUAUUGUGCAACAGUCCCUGACAAGUAGCUGGACUCUUACAGUGGUGUCAAGAAAUUGCUGUGACCUCUGUAAAUCUGUGUGGUGUCAUCGGUUUUAGGAUGUUUUAAAAUGUGGGUACUUAGUAAGCACUGAUUGAGGCAGCCGAGUGGUAUCAAUAUUUUGUACAUGAACUAAUGCAUUAUCUGUUUGUUUUAUCGUAAUAAAUUUAUUAUUAUUCCUGUGUUUGAAA